AUGUUGGAGCGGCGGAGGCGGCGCAGAGUGCUGGUUUGUGGAUACCCAGGCAGAUCUGCAGUGCCUAAUGCCAUAAGCAUGGUAGUGCACCAUGUGGAGGAGAAAGCUGUACACUCCUGGUCACGCAUUUCCACAGCAGGGAAGAAAGCCCUGGAAGAGGCACUGCUUGUGUUUAAUCCCAUGAGCCAGGAUCUCAGUGCCACAGAGGCCCAGCUUGUGGCCUUCCUACAGGGCCUGCGAGAUGAUGGCUUCCAGCCGACCAUUCUGCGAAGUGGUGAUGUCUAUGGCUAUAGUUCAUGCACAGCCAACCCCCCCAGCCAGACAAAGCUACAAGCUCGUACCACCAACCCAUCUGCCACAUCUCUUCCAUCCAGGGCUCCCCAAACUGCUGUGUCGCUACCUGCAAGCCAGGCCACACUGCUCCCUGUGCCACUGUCCGGCAGGCUGGCUAAGGGGUCCACACCAGCCCUCGCCAAGCAUGCUACCACUAACUUGCUGCUGAGCUCCCUGAAGCAAUCAAAUGCCAGCCACACCAGUGGUACAACAGUAGGCUUCCCUGCCCACCUCUACCCAGGUGUCUACCCUGCCAUGCAACUCUCUGUGGUCCUUGAAGCACUGGUCCCACUCAAGACUCCUUGCUUGGGUGCUAAGCAUAGGGCACAGUCUCCGCAGCUGUCACUUGCAAACUCUUCCCUGAAACUGAGAAAAGGUUCGGGGAACCCACAGUCCAAAGCAUCACAGAAAAUCACAAGCAAGGGCAUAAAAUGCCUGAGUAGGAAAGGCCCUGGGGCUGAUCCACAAGGCUCUGGGCCCCGGAGCAGUGGCCUACGUGUGAAAGGGUGCUCUGCCUUGGGCACCAAAACAGUCCAGGCCAAGGCAUCUCGAACACUGACCAAAGCUGCUCAUGCCCACGCCAGCCUAGCUCGAACCCAGAACAAGACAGUAAGGGUCAGGGCCAAGACAACAAAGACCAAGCCCAGGGCAGCAGGAGCCAAAGCCAAGGCCACUGUAGUAAGGAACAAGGCUAAAGCCAAGGUGGUUAAGGCCAAGGCCAAAGCAGCUCAGACCAAGCACAAGGGAAGGCCAAAAGGAUCUGUUCAGAACAGAACUGGAAGGACAAGCCUGAAAAGUGGCUCUGAGUCUGUGGGGAAGAAGAGGAAGAAAGCUGAGGAGGUAAAGGGUCUUCCUCCUAAGAAGAGAGCACGGCUUGUGCUCCAGUCUCCUAAGGCAAGGCUGCGGCCUGGAGCAAAACCACAAAAGUCCCAGACUAUAAAGGUGGACAGGAAAUUCUCAGACGAUGAGGUUCGACAGUGGGCCCAGCAGAUCCUCCGUGUGAACCUCUCUCCAGUAGUAUGGCUCCAGCCAUUGCUACCAUCUUGAUUCCGUACUCAGCAUCCUGAGUCGUCCUUGGCAGCAGUGCUUGGGAAAACAGUUGGGCUGUCCAUGUGACCAGCAUCACAGUGUGCUCAGUGUGCUAUGCUCGUGGACUCUGCAGCUUUCCGGACUCUGGGUACCUCCAGGACCCCUGUGGUCACCAUCCUCUCUUCAGAAGCUGAGGAUUUGGGGUGGGGUGGGUAGCGGGAAGGGUGUUCUCAUGGCUCAAUGCACUGUGACUUGUUCUUCAAGUUGUACAUUCUAUGUUCCAUCUAUCACGUUUUAUAUCUUUCCACCUUCCAGUCUCCCUGCUCACCUUCCAAGGUCUUAUUGUUUGAUUUUGGUGUGUGUGGGCUGCUGGCAGGAGUCUGCCAGUGUAGUCCUAGGAAGAGGCUUGGAGAGAAUGCCCUGGUAGCUUGGAGCAGGUCAUCAGUUUGAGUGAUAGGGUAAUAUCCUGGAAGGGCAAAUCUCCCAGGCUUCUGGAGAGAUGUGAGGAAAUUCAGGUGUUGGCUUCUAUAGAUGUG